ACCAUCUCUUUAAUAAUGGAGAACAGCAGUAGCCGAAGUCGUUCCUGUCGAUAUCCGGCUAGCGUAAUAAAACGUUCUCCAUCUCCUAAUUUGUUCUUAAAUAGGAACGAUGACCGAGUUUCAGUACCACCUAAUUUACCUCCAUUAACACCCAAUAAUACCACCAACAAGAUCAAUUAUAAAAACCGAAAUUCUGUUGCAGCUGAUAAAGCAAUUGAGAUGGCAAAGAUACGGAGAGCAAAAUCUGUUUCCAAGAACUGUCCAUCUGCUUGGGCCUUAUCUCCGGGAAGAUCCUCGCCAUCCUCAUCUACAGCUUUGGCGGUAUUGCUCAAGUCUCCAAAUAAUAUUUCUGAACCUGCUAAUCGUUAUCGUAAGAAGAUGGUCACAAAAUCAUCAUCAUGUGGUAGUGAUACUGAUGGCGGAGGACGUCGCGGGAGUACCGGAGGAGUUUUUAGGUACUUUCGUUCGAAAAGUAAGGUGUCGUGUGCCAAAGAAGAAGGCUCUCAUAGGCUAAGGAUUUUUCAUACGAGACUGGUACAGUGGAGAUUGGUUAAUGCUUGUGCUGAGAUGUUGAUGGACAGACGAAAUUCUAUUGCAGUGAUGAAGUUGUUCAAUGUUUGGUCGAGGAUAUAUCAAAUGAGGAAACUGAUGGUAGAGAAGAGAAUUCAAGUAGAAAAGCUAAGGAAGGAAGUCAAGCUGCUUCAAAUUAUUAAUCCUCAACUCAAUCUGCUCAAUAAAUGGUCAAAAAUAGAAAAGAAAAAUUCAGAAGCCUUAACAACAUUAGCAGGAAAUUUGUCAUCGUUAUCCAUCAGAGUACCUUUAAUAAAUGGUGCUAAGGUCGACAUGGUAUCCUUUUACAAAACCAUGCGUACAACAGUGAAUCUUAUGAACAACAUCGAAGAAACGGUCGAGAGAAGUUUUCUUGAGGUUAAGGAAACGUCUCUUCUACUUGAUCAACUUAUAGAUGCAAUAAGACAAGAAACAAAAAGCUUAGAGGAACUGAGAAACACACUGGCAAUUGUGUCUUCCUUAGAGGCCCAAGAGGAAAGUCUUAGAGUGCAUCUCAUCCAAGCAGCAAACAAGAGAAUUCUAGUAAGCUAACUCGUACGACAAGACAUAACACACUUUUGGAUAAAAAGGCCUGGUGAGUGAAGAAGAAACAUACCUUUUUGAUCUCACGGGAAUGAUGUACCAAGUGUUGACAGGUGUAUUCACAGUUAAGGUUAAGGGUGAGCAUACAUGUAAACUUGAUUUGGAUUUUGACUGGUGAACAUGGG